GCACUGCGGGGCCGGCGCGGAGCCCUCACCGGGCGGGGGCGGGGACUCACCUUCCCCGCCGCAGCGCGGCGCCGCCUCCCGCCCGCCACACCUCCCCCCUCCGGCGGCGCGGCACCCGCUGCCCCGCCGCGCCGCUCUGCCUGCGCCGCCCCGCCAUGGAGCAGGGGCCGGCGGGGGGGGGCCGCCGCCGCCGGCGGUACCGGGGGUCUGCUCCUGCCGCUGAGCGAGAGCGAGCAGCAGCGCUACUCCGAGCUCUUCUCGCGGUGCUGCCCGCCCCCCGAGGCGGCCGCCGGGGGCAGCAGCGUGGGCGAGCUGUUCCGGGCCUCCCAGCUACCCCCGGACACGCUGCACCAGAUUACAGAAGUUUGUGGAGCCAAGCGUGUGGGUUAUUUUGGUCCUGCUCAAUUUUAUAUUGCUUUGAAGUUAAUUGCAGCAGCACAGUCAGGGUUCCCAGUACGGAUUGAAAGCAUUAAGAAUGAAUUGCCUCUGCCACGGUUUAUGGCGCUGAAAAAUGACAGUGAAGUACGUUACGGAACUCCAGCAGAACUCCAUGGAGUUAAAUUUCAGGUUCCACAUGCAACUGUGGAAAAAAAUUCCUACAAAAGAACAGAUGAAGGGGACAAACAGGAGCCCAAGUCUCCUCCAAUGUCUCCUAUCUGCUCACCUCCUGCUUCUCCAUCUACUUACCAGAGAAUACCCCCAAGUUAUGGAUAUGGUAAAUCAAGAAGUGGGCUGGAGCAGCAGCAUGGAGCUCCUUAUGAAGUCAGACACUCAACUCACCAGCAAGAUGGACCAUCAUCAGGGAAUUAUGGAGCCAAACCUGCACUGACCUGUUCAACUCCUAAUCGGUCUCUUUCAGCAGAGCGGGAGCAGCAGGACAGCGGCACCCGCUACUCGGAUGACCCUUGGAGAAUAACAGAGGAGCAACGAGACUACUACAUCAACCAGUUCAGGUCCCUGCAGCCUGACCUGAACUCCUUUAUUUCAGGUUCUGUGGCAAAGAAUUUCUUCACAAAAUCAAAGCUGCCCAUCCCAGAGCUUUCUCACAUCUGGGAGCUGAGUGAUGUGGAUUGUGACGGGGCACUGACACUCGCGGAGUUUUGUGCUGCUUUCCACCUUGUGGUUGCGAGGAAGAAUGGUUACCAGCUGCCUGAGACACUGCCAGAGACACUGCUGCCCGAGUACCUUCAGACAGCUUCUUUGAAGCCCAUGCAUGACUGCACACUGUUUGAUUCGUAUUCUGAGCCAUUGCCAGGUGGUCAGCAGACUCGGGACUUCAAUCGGACGGAGAAAACAUCAGCUGAAGAUGUACCUGAUAACUCUGCCCUGUUACAAGAUGGAAAGAAAGAUGACAAACAAGCUCUUAAAGUAAGCACUGUGCUCAAAACAAUACCAAAGGAAUUUCAGCACUUGACUGUGAAAGCUGUUGCUCAGGAAUCUAAUGCACUUAAGGCCAGACCACGAUCCAGGUCCUAUUCUAGCACAUCAAUAGAAGAUGCAAUGAAAAAGGGAGAAGAGCCCCCUACUCCACCUCCAAGGCCACAGAAAUCACAUUCCAGAGCUUCCUCUUUGGAUCUGAACAAAAUAUUUCAACAAAACACACAAGCUGUGAGGUCUGCCUGGCUGCCCCCACCACCACCUGCGCUGCCUCCUCGACCUUCUGUAUCUCAGACAGAGCAGCCAUCUGAGGUUGAAUUGCAUCCUCAGAUGAGUAGACCCCCAUCACAGGCAGAAGAGAACAGUUCAGCAAAAAAGGAGGUUGUUCUCGCUCAGCCACCCUCCAAACCUGCUCGCAGGAAGCUCCGGACAGAGGCGCAGGGGCUGGAGACUCCCGAGCUUUCUCCCACUAUAAAUGUGACUUCUUCCCUGCCAGCAGUCAAGCCUCACCUCCCAGUCCAAAAACAGUCUUCCAAGCAGAAAAGGGCUAUUCAGACCGCUAUACGAAAAAACAAAGAAGCCAAUGCUGUGCUCGCCAGGUUGAACAGUGAGCUCCAGCAGCAGCUGAAGGAGGUUCACAAGGAACGAAUUGCCUUGGAAACACAGCUGGAGCAGCUACGUCCCGUCACCGUCUUGUGACUUCCCGCACCGCCGUGCAGCAGCGAGAGCGGAGCGCGGGUCCUGACAGCCAUGCAAGGAGAGGAGCGCGGUGCAGCUGAGCAGGGGUUUGGCUGCGGUGGUGGGAAGGACCGGCUUGUUGGGUCUCCCUUCACCCUGCUGCACGCAUUUGCCUUUUUGCAGGUGAAGGAGGUACAGAAAACAAAUAGCUGACUGCUGGAUAUUUCUGCAUGGGAGGAUGCUUUGCCGCCUUUCCUCCCUCUUCCCAGGCUGAUGUGUAAAUGCAGUCUACCGCUGAAAUGAAUAACCUGAGAGUGUUUUAUUUAUGUAAAGAAUUCCUGAUUUAUAUGUGUUCUGGCAGCACCUCCUGCCCCAAUCAUUAGGAGGUACAGAAUUCCUGAAUUCUUACUUAAAUAUAAACGUCAUCUUCUGAGAUGGCCUUCUGGAUGUUACUGAUUCCUGUAGGAUUAUAUCACGGUGGAGUACCUGUGGGUUUAAUGUAUUACAGGAAUAAAGCUCAUUAGACAUACAGAGUCUAUCCGCAAUCGCAUGCCAGAUAAUUAUUUUCUUAGUACUGUUUAUUAUGCAAUCAUGGAUAUAUUUUAAUCUUGCAGAACUUGUAUUUUAUAAGUUCAAAUAAUAAGAAAGAACAGUAAAAAAAUACUAAAAUCUAAUUAUUUUGGAAAUUACAAAAAAAAAAAAAAAAAGGUUUUUGAGCUAUACCUUUCAUAUCACCAGUGUUUGAUCACUUGCUUGCAACUGCCAGUGUCUCUGCAUACUUUUACUGUGUUUGAGAUCACUGGUUUACAGCUUUUUUCCUUUAAACAACAGCGUAUUUCUAACAAGAGGUUAAAAAUGCUUUCAGGGCAUUUUUAUAAGAGCUGUUCUGUGUACAUUUAUAUUAGUCUGCUUUGUUGUCUUAAUAGCUGCUGAUUUGUUGUAAGAAGGUGUACAAGAACUGUACUUCCAAAAGAAGAAAGAUAGCAAAAGUGCUAUAUAUGAGGUUAUAAAACGUGUGAUGGAAAUAAUUGCCUUCAACAGGCUUUCAUUAAGGUUCCUUUGCACCUCACUGGAGAUGCUGCUGAUAGGAUAAAGCUGCUAAUGCUCAUCCAUCUAUUUUCUAAAUGAAGAAACAAAGAUUAGUUUUUAACCUGGGUCUGAUCCAAGGCCAACUGGAUCCUAUAGGGAUUUUUCUGUGGAAGCAGUGGUCGUUGACUUCGGUCUCAGUUCUCACAAUGGAAGCUUGCUAACUAAUGUUGCUCUUUUUUUCUUGGGCCAGUCUUCUUAGAUUGGGCAACUUCAGACAUAACGAUGCCAGCCCUGCUCCCACCAUGGAUAUGGUGUGUGCCUCACUGCAAGGGAGGGUCACCUGCCUGUUAUCCAUCUUAACCAUGACGCUGCACGUGUUUCAUAUCCUGUUGUUCACUGACCUAAUUUGACUGUACGCGUUUGCCUUGCAGAAGUGGUGAAACAGUUUUUUUACUGUUGUUGGUGUGAUGCUUUCUCCCUGUAGCUAGAGGGUGGCCCUGGGGCUGGGAGGAAGGAGAAGCAGAUUUGAAGCAGCUGGGUAGCCUCCCUUCUGGGUGUAUUAUGGAGUGGCUGCAGUGAGAUAUCGGAGAAUACCAGAUCAGCCAAAAGUUUUGUUGAGAGAUAAGGCAGACAUCAAUAGGAAUGUUCAAAGUGAUGAGGAAACGGGCCGCUUUUUCUGAAAGAGAUACGGGUGUGGGACAUGGAUCCAGAAGUCUGAAGGUGACAAUAAGUAUUUGCAGAACUGUUACUACAAAUCUGUUUUUGUAAUGCAUUGGGUUUGAUUCAACUAAAUCACUGUCACCAAGUAACAACCGUUUCUCUGGAUUUGAGACUUCUUUUGUGUGACUGUUGCAUAGUUGGGGUCAGGCGGUCAUUCCAGGUCAGUGACAAAAUGCAGCAACUGCAGACUUUUCUGGGAAGCUGCAAAAGAGCUGCUGCCUUCUUGCUAGUAGUGGAACUGUUCAGAAGUUACAAUCAUUUAUUUCAUAUGUUCAUAACACUUGAGUAAUUCCCGAGAUUUUAAUGAGGUUAAGUGCUUGCUCUGUUUGCUUUUUAGUUCUUACAUUGUCAUUUGGUUAAUAAGCCCCUACUAUUCAAUAGGAAAUAAUCAUAUGGCACAUUUGCUUUUUAUUUUAUAGUGAUUUUCCAAGGACAGUUUUUCAAUGAUGACAGAGGGGCAUGCACAUUUGCAUUUUGAAGGCAGUGGAGAAUUUUUUCAUGUUUUAUAGGAGCUUCCUUUAGAAUAAUCCCCCAUUUGUUAUUCAUGGAACAGAUGCUGUUCAAAAGAAGAGUGGAAAAGUCUGCUUUAUGUCUUUUUCAAAUGUCUCCCUUCUAACGUACAGGGAGGGGGUUUCAUUCACUGGCAAUUAGGAUACUUGGUUAGCCAACAAUGAAAUACUUACUCAGUUGUUACUCUACCACUGGACUUAAUAAAUUAAAAAUUUUAACCAUCCCUGCAUUUUCAGGGUUGCAAUCAAAUGCCCCACUGGGCUUCAAAUGUCCCACUUCAAGGCCUGCACUGUGAGUUGAUUUAUAUUCUGUUUGGUGAAAUGUCAGCUAUGAUGAUACACUACUGCACAUAGAGAGUAAAGCGAAAUAUUCAAGGAGAAAUGUUGGUGUGUUAUACAUAUGAUGCAGGAAGUUACUCUUCUGUAUGUCUCAGUACUUAAGCAUUCAUGAUAGCCCAUGCAAAAUGAAAAAAUGUGUCUGAUUUUGGGAGUCUGUUAGCAUUUUCAGAGGGAGAGGAGAGGAGAGGGCAUCGUGAAGCUAUAGGCAGUGCUUCUGGCAAUUGCUCCAUGCAGCUAUGCACAUGAGUACUAUCAACAGAACCUGGCUGGACAGAAUUCACAUCUAAAUGCAGUAUCACAAACUUUGUCAAAAAAUAAUUCUUCCUUUGGAAAAAUGUGGGUACAGCAAAGUCGUCAUUUCUUGCAGAAACCUUUACUUUCUGAAGCUUUGGAUGGGAGAUGCUCCUAGACCCAAGGCACACCAGCUGGUCAGAAGGGGAGAGCUCACAGGCAGUUUGCUCAGUGUUCAGGGCACUUUCUUGAGUGACAGGAGAGCAAUCAACUUUAAGCCCCUGACAUGCCUGACUGAGAACAGCAACUAGGAUCUGCUUAUCCCAGCUUACAGCCUGACCGAGGAGCUAGAGCAGCUUCCCAUGCAUGAGGUCUCGCUCUCCUCAGUGCAUGGUUUCUUGUAGGUAUUUAUGCAGAGCAGAACAUCCCCAGCAAGACAGGGUAACUGGGAACAGGAGCUGGAGCACAGCUUCCUUGCAUGUGAGAGGAUGCGCUGACCGUGAGCCUGAUGCCCGUUGCUCAGUCUUCAAUUUCCUGCAGCUAUUCUGGUUUGGACAAUUAAAUACUUUUGUCUGCGGGCCAAGACUAGGCAGAGCAGAUAAGAAUCUUCCUCUGUGUCUGUGUGAGUGUGCACUCAUGUGUCUUCCUUUUGAUCAUGCAUUUCUGUAUGGAUCUGUUAAUGUUCAUAUCACCUGAUACCUUUGUUUGAAAUACAUGUUUCAGUACAUGGUAAUUCAGUGGUCGAAAAGAAGAAUUCCCAGCUAAGUGUAGUGACUGGUUGCCUUUAUAGAUCAAGCCAUUUUUAUGUGAGCCUUUAAAUAUAAAUAAUGACCUGGUAAUUAUGCAAGGCAAACAGCUUCCAUUCAUUUCAGAGGCAUUCCUUUAAACAAACUCUCUGGGAACAAACAUUAAUUCUUAAUAAUCAAUGUCCUUCUUCUGGUUAUUAAUGUUAUACUAGUAUGCAGUGGAAACAUUAGCACCUCUUUCCAGACAGUUCUCAGCUCUCUCUUCCAGACAGUUUUGGUGAUGUAGCAAAAAUGUCAGCGAUGAGUAGAUUCAGCCUUGUUAUUGGUAAGUUGGUGAAUAUCCUUUUUAACUCAAAAUACUAUCUCCAAACUAUUUUUACGUGCAUGGCAGUAGUUUUGCUGGUGGAUACAGAAUUCCGAGAUCAGGGAGAGGAACUUGUUUAGCUAUCAUUCACAGUCCCAGCUUGACACUGCCAGGGCUAACCAGCGUGGGGUGGUGACAGCUUGCAUGGUAAAAUGACCCCAAAGGCAUGGUUGGGACAUGGGAACCCUUCAUGGUGAGCAUUUAGGAUGAGCAUGACAAGAAAAUUGCCUUUUGGUGGUGUAUAAGCUGCUUUCUGCCAGCUGAGCUUCUAGAUCAGGAGAAGGAGAGCUGGUAGAAGUUGCUAGCCAGGGAAUGAGGGGUGUCUGCUCUCCAGCACCAUCCCUUCAGCACACACGGUCCUUGACAAGAAAAUACAUGGGCUCAUGAAGCCACAUAUUUUAUUGACUAAAGAGUAAAAGUAUUUUUUCAGGAAAAAAAACCCAGAUCCUAAGUGGUAUAGUAUGUUUGAGAAGAGACGAUGUAUUUUGAAGCUUUUUUCAGUUAUCUUCAUGAUAAUGUGCUGUGAACAUAUGCAUUAUGUUUUACUCUGUUAAUGAUUCUUUGAUAUAAAAAAAAUUGUAUUGCAAGCAUUAUCAUUGUUAAUCUAAAAAAAAGUACCCUGAGGCUAUUAUAUAUUUGAAUUUUAACUUUAAAAAGUAGAUAGCCAGAUUUAAGCAAUUUGUUUUCACAGCUGCAGACUGUCCACGUGGUAAGCUGCAAAAUGUAUAGUGUUCUAUACUAUGCCCAUCUAAUUUUGGAAAAUGUAUGUGAUAUGGAGCUGGGUGCUGCAUUAAAAUAAAAGCGUCCAAUAACUUCAAA